AUGGCCCUGGGAGCCACUGUCGGCGUUACGACUGGCGGUGUCGUUGUUGCAGAUAGGUAUUAUAUGGGAGGUAUCCUAUCACGCAGCUUGCGAGCAUAUGCGACACUGGCGCAAGUUGGAGUCGACUACAAGAUGCACUCGGGCAAGAAUCCCAAGGGAGGUCGCGUACCCAUUAACGAGCUCCAUGAUCGGAACGCCAAACGCGUGUGUGACAUGAUCAAGACCAACGGCGGCAUGUUUCUCAAAAUUGGCCAGGCAAUUGCUGUGCAAGGAGCUGCGCUCCCAGAAGUGUAUCAGCGUGAAUUCAAAAACAUGUUUGAUGAUGCUUCGCAAGAGUCUUGGAGCGAUGUCCAGGAUGUCAUCCGAGAGGAAUUUGGGGCCAGCGUGAGCGAAGUAUUCGGUGAUGAUGUAGAGAGAGAGCCUAGGGCUGCGGCUUCCAUAGCGCAAGUCCACUAUGCCAGGUUGAGAGAUGGGCGAGAGGUUGCAAUCAAGGUCCAGAGAAAGAAGCUGGCACAGCAGGCAUCAUGGGAUCUCUGGACGUUCAAGGUUUUAUGUGACAUAAUUGGAAGAACAACAGAUAUUCACAUCCAAGGUAUUGGUGACUACAUCAUGAACAACAUCAUGAAGGAGACGGACUUUGAGAACGAAGCUGCCAACUCGAUGCGGAUUGCCGAGCUUGUGAAGUCAGACCCCGACCUGAAAACACGGGUAUACAUUCCUCAGGUCUACACAGAACUUACGUCAAAGCGUGUAUUGACCUCUGAAUGGAUUCAUGGCGCCAAACUCUGGGAUAGAGAUAUAAUCACCAGUACACACAAUCCUUCAGAUGAGACAUCUCUGGGCAUGGGCCUCAAAGCAGCCGAUAUUAUGACCACCGUUAUUGACCUCUUUUCAUCACAAAUGUUCAAAUGGGGUUUCGUCCAUUGUGAUCCACAUCCAGGCAACAUGUUCGUUCGACGUCUCCCAUCCGGCAAGCCGCAGAUCGUCCUUAUCGACCACGGCCUCUAUGUAUCGCUCUCAGAUGAUUUGCGGCGGCAAUAUGCCCGCUUCUGGAAGUCUCUACUCACUGGUGAUAAGAAGGGACUCGAUGAAGUAUCGGCCGCCUGGGGAAUGACGACGGCUGAUGCCUGGGCAGAUACGUUCAUGUCUCGCGAAAAGAAGCCAGAGCCAACCGAUGAGACACCUGAGGAGCGAUCUCAGAGACUUAUUAGCGAGACAUCCGCAUUUUUCGGUGAAGAAGGUCUAUAUCCUCGUGAACUCAUGUUUCUAGAGCGAAAUCUGGCUCUUGUUCAAGGCAGUAAUCGCUUCUAUGAUUCCCCUGUUAAUAGGCUUGGCAUGAUUGGUCGUUCAGCAAUGCAAAAUCUGCGCGACGACAGCUCAGUGACAUUUUUUCAGGCAAUGAGCUCUCAAUGGACCAUGCUUGUUCUUGAUGCCGUGUUUUAUUUUAGUCGGUGGAAGCAAUACAUGGGCUGGGGUAAAGGUUUCGAGGACGAGCUGAAGGAGGCAGAGGAGAGAAUGGCGCAAGAAAUGAAGGAUUCAAUUUCUGGGCUGUGGGAAAUUGACAAAGAGGCAGAGUAA